AUGGAAAACGAGUACCGAAAGCUGGCGGGAAUAAUCUGCCAAAAGGCCAGCAGCCACUCCAAACUGCGCUAUCUCGUUGCCAUCGCAGGAGUCCCUGGUUCCGGAAAGACCACCACUGCGGAGGCUGUGGUCCGGCAACUCAAUAUUGCUCCCAAGGUGCAUGCGAUCCUUCUCUCGAUGGAUGGUUUCCAUCUGCCACGGGCGGACCUGGACAAGUUACCCAACUCUACAGAGGCAUACGUCCGACGGGGCGCACCGUGGACCUUCGACCUGGCACGGUUCGUAGAGUUCGUCGGCCGGCUUCGAAUCUGGGCGGACAAGACACCUUUAGCAGCUCCACACUCGGGGACAUGGACUGAAAAUGAAAUCAUACGAGCACCGACGUUUGAUCACAAAGCUAAAGACCCGGUCGAAGAUGGCAUCCUUAUAACACCGGAUGUGUCAAUCAUCAUUAUUGAGGGUAAUUACCUCCUUCUGGACGAGCCUGGCUGGAGAGAUCUGGCCAAGCUGGUUGACUACAAGAUCUUCGUCGAUACCGAUCUACAGGAAGCCCGUGAGCGAACUGCCAAGCGUCAUGUUCAUACAGGGGUUGAAAAGAGCAUAGAAGAUGGAUAUAGGCGGGUGGAUAGCAAUGACUAUCUCAAUGGGGUCUUCAUUCGUAAAAAGCUUCUCGCUCCUGACAUGGUGAUCAAGAGCGUCACGGCGAAAAGUGCAGUCCAAAGUCAAUAUUCCAACGAAUAA